CAAUUAAACCUGUUGGACUAUAACCUGGUGUUGUGUGAUUUUUAACUCUGGUUUUAUAUGUAUACGAUGUUGUUGCUUUUCAUGUAUAGUAUAAUACUGUUAGUUUUGUAUGUUGAUGGUGUAUAUAUUACUGUUGGCUCUGCAAACUCCCUUCUGCUCCCGCUCUCCUCGUUCAUUGAUUGUGCGCCCGCUGCUAGUUGGCCGGAAGUGGUGGCUCCCAGUUCCGUUUCCGGUUGCGGCUCCAUCUUGUCUAGUUGUGACGGUUCCGGGGCUCCUGUGGAUAAUUUUCAGGGCUGCAAUUAUGUCAGACAAAGACAAAAGUGAACUUAAAGCAGAAUUAGAGCGCAAAAAGCAGCGCUUGGCUCAAAUCAGGAAGGAAAAGUCAAGGAAAGAAGAGGAGAGAAAGAAAAAGGAAGCUGAUCAGAAAAAAGAGUUGGUACAAAUCGAAGAAUCUGAUAUUGAAAAGAAACGAAGAGAAGCUGAGGCAUUGUUGCAGAGCAUGGGCAUUACAUCUGAACCCUCUUUUGUGCAUCCACUACGGGUAGUAACAGCGGAUACCUGUCUGUUUCACUAUUUAGUCCCUCCUACAUCUCCUCCCUCAAAAUCGGUGAGUACACCAAGUGAGGCUGGAAGCCAGGAUUCUGCUGAUUGCACUCUUGGGGCAAGGACCUUUCACUGGGAUACCGAUCCUUCAGUUCUGCAGCUUCAAGCUGAUAUUGGACGAGGACCCAUUAAACUGGAGAUGGCAAAAAUCACACAAGUAGACUUUCCUCCACGAGAGAUUGUUACGUACACAAAGGAAACUCAAACUCCAGUGAUUACACAAAAUACUGAAACUGAAGAGGAAGAGGAAGAUAUUGUUCCUAAGCAAGUAAUUGAACCGGAACCAGAACAAAUACAAAAAGAAGAAGUUAAAGAAGGUGCACCACGUGAACUUACAGAAGAGGAAAGACAGCAAAUUAUUCACUCUGAUGAAUUCCUCACAUUCUUUGAUCACAGCACCAGAAUAAUUGAACGAGCUCUUGCAGAACAUAAAGAUCUCUUUUUUGACUACAGUGGCAAGGAUUUAGAAGAAAAAGAAGGAGAACUUCAAGGUGGAGCUAAACUUUCUAUAAACAGACAGUUUUUUGAUGAGCGCUGGUCAAAACAUCGCGUUGUUACAUGCAUGGAUUGGUCACCUCAGUAUCCAGAACUACUUGUUGCUUCGUAUAACAACAAUGAAGAUGUUCCUCAUGAACCAGAUGGUGUAGCUCUUGUGUGGAACAUGAAAUUUAAGAAAACUACUCCAGAAUAUGUCUUCCAUUGCCAGUCAUCUGUGAUGUCAGCAUCCUUUGCACGAUUUCAUCCAAAUCUUGUAGUUGGAGGCACAUAUUCUGGCCAGAUUGUGCUCUGGGAUAAUCGCAGUAAUAAAAGGACACCAGUCCAAAGAACACCACUCUCUGCUGCUGCUCACACGCAUCCAGUCUACUGUGUGAAUGUCGUUGGUUCCCAGAAUGCUCAUAACUUGAUCAGCGUUUCUACUGAUGGGAAGAUCUGCUCAUGGAGCUUGGAUAUGCUUUCUCAGCCACAGGACAGCAUGGAGUUGAUGCACAAACAAUCCAAAGCAGUGGCUGUUACUUGCAUGUCCUUCCCAUUGGGUGAUGUUAAUAAUUUUGUGGUUGGUAGUGAAGAAGGUUCUAUAUACACAGCAUGUCGCCAUGGAAGCAAGGCUGGAAUUAGUGAGAUUUUUGAUGGUCAUCAAGGACCGAUCACAGGUAUUCAUUAUCACACUGCAGCUGGACCAGCUGACUUCUCUCAUCUUUUUGUCACCUCUUCCUUUGACUGGACAGUCAAACUUUGGACAACUAAGAAUAACAAACCAUUGUAUUCCUUUGAAGAUAAUGCUGAUUAUGUUUAUGAUGUCAUGUGGUCACCGACACAUCCUGCCCUUUUUGCUUGUGUUGACGGAAUGGGAAGACUUGAUUUAUGGAAUCUCAACAAUGACACUGAAGUGCCAACUGCAAGCAUUACUGUUGACAGUAAUCCUGCACUAAAUCGUGUGAAAUGGACUCAGACUGGAAGAGAAAUAGCUGUAGGUGACUCAGAAGGGCAGAUAUUGAUUUAUGACGUAGGAGAGCAAAUAGCAGUUCCUCGAAAUGAUGAAUGGACACGAUUUGCUCGGACACUGGCAGAAAUAAAUGCGAACAGAGCUGAUGCAGAAGAUGAAAUUACAGCAUGAAUAGCAGAUUAGAGUUCAAGGCAUGACUUAGUUGUAGAGUACUUCCAAAUUUAAUUUUAUCUUUUCCAAAUCAGGUUUGUAAUUUUUCUAUGCUUUUUCUCUGAAUAUAACUUGAUGGCUUAGUAAACCAGCUCCUAAACCUCACCCAUGGAUUACUGAACCAGAUGCAAGAAUUUUUCACAUAACUAUUUGCUUUCCUAGAAUAGGUUCAAAAAUAUCAAAGUAACAACACAGGGAAUAAAAUUUGCACUUGCUACUUUUGCUGAUUUUCUCUCUCUUCACUAAUAGUGGUAAGGGUAUCAACUGUCCUAAACUGGUCCAUUCUUUAAAAAAAAGACUGCUGUUGUAAUUUGGACAACCUGUAAUAUGACAUGUGGACCAAAAAAAAGGGGCAGAAUAACCAUAGUGGUUACAAUUUCUUGCUCAAAACCUUUAAAGGGUCUAAAAAAAAAACAGGAAAACUCCCAUCCCCCAUUACAGAAGACCUUGAACUGACUAUCACUUAUUAUAUGUCCUUUCAAUUAAGUUUGAGCGCUGAGAAUUAUUUCCAGAAAUUACUGAAUUUCACUGGCCUGGUUUUUGUUAUCCUGAGUAGGGAUACUGGACAAAAUGCUCUAAUCUCAAGUACUAUUAAAAUGGAGAAAAAUAUUGUGCUCAUUAAACUAAUGAACUGGUAAAAAUGACUUUGUAAAGACCAAGUUGUGUACUAGUUUUAAUGACAGUUUUACAUAAAUAAUAAAACAAGUAAA